UUAACGAACUACUUAUAAUGUUUAUAUUAUCUGAUCAGCGGCGAGUGGCGUCGUGCAAGUCCUGUCCGGUCUCAGGGGCUCUUGUUGAAAUGUUGCUACGCUGCUACCCGACUGCUUAAGAAAUACCGCGGUGCGUAGUAAUUAGUGAAACACAUCUACUGAGACUAUGAGUGGGACUAAUGCAGCAGAGCAGGACUGUGAGUGUUUCGCGGAAUCUCGCACCAAGAAAGCUUGUCCUACACCGCGCAACGUGACGCACCCUCUGCGCUACUAUGAGUUUACCCAGGAGGAGAUGAGAGCGCUGGAGGAGUGCGACAGAGAGAGCUUCUUCCAGCGCUGUGUGCCGUUCAGUGCCCUCCUGGCUACUAUCACCUAUGCCGCCAUAAAGAACGAAUCGCUGCGAACGAACCCGCACUUCGGUGCCGCACCUAAAGUAAUAACUGCUAUAUUGGCUGGCUACGUGCUGGGGAGACUAUCCUACCUGAACAGUUGCGACCAGAAGCUGCGCGCGCUGCCCGCCAACAGCCACCUCGGCAACGUCAUGCGGAAGUACUACGCCGACAACAUCGCGUACUACACCCCUAAACCCAAGGAACCAGAUAAAAAAUGA